AUGAUCAUUCAACACACUCAAAUACGACAUGACAUAAAGAUACGUGUGGGUAGCGCAAUUACGGAUGGAAUAGCGGAUUUUUCGCGAGAUAUCGUACCUAUAGCUAUGAUUAGGACUGUUAGCCACUAUCAAUCUAAAAUGGUGGCACCACUUUUGAUGGAAGGAUGGGAUCCAUCUGUACAUGUUUUGGAAUGGCGAAGAUUAAAAGACGAAAUGGCCAAGGAGUGGAAUAAGAAUGGUAAGAGAUGGAUGGAACAAGUGGAGGAGGAGCUAACAUCUCAGGAAGGAACAGGAAAUUGA